AUGUCUGACCUCGAAAACGAACUCCUUGGUCUGGCCGAGGAUGACCCAACCUACCACAAGAAGGGGAAGAGAAAGAGCAAGGCGUACAUUGAAGACUCGGACGAAGGAAGCGAGAUGGAUAUGGAGAUGGAGUCGGAGGAUGAGGGCGAUGCGCCUCAAUCGCGCGCAAAAGAGCCAAUGAAGAACCCUUACCCUCUGGAGGGGAAAUAUGUGAGCGAGGAUGAUAGAGACUACUUGGGAAACCUCCCGGAAAUCGAGAGAGAAAAUAUCCUGGCUGGGCGUCUAGAGGAGAUGCAGAGGUUCAAGGACUCGCAGGCUUUGGAUGCGAUGUUCAAGACUGCUCACGGCGGAGAUGAGUCUGACGAUGAGGAUAUGAGGGCUAGGAAGAGGCGAAAGCAUACGAGCGUGACGGACAAGGCUUCCAAGGCUUUGAACGUGUUGAAGGAUAAGCGUAAGGCCAAGGAUGAGCGUGCUCAGCGCAGAUCUGCUGCACGCAAAUCCUCCCGCCGCUCCCCUUCUCCGGGCGGCUCAUCAGAAGAGGGCGAGAUCCAAAACAACCGCCGGUCCGUCUCCUACUCUCCCGAACGCUCGCUCUCUCCCGCACCCAAAGCAUCGACGCUCAGUAAAGAAGAUGAGAUGGACACUAUGCCUCCGAACAGGCUGGAGUUGGAGGCGGCGAGGCUGAGCAGGUAUGAGCUGGUGGAUAUGAUGCACAAGGACGGGUUUGAGGAUGUCAUUUCGGGCGCGUAUGUCCGUCUCAUGUCGCAAGACCGGGACGAGGUCGGCCGGCCCAAGUACCGAGUCCACAAAAUCAUUGAAGUCGACACCAAUCAUCAAUUUGGAUCUUACAGUAUUGAGUAUCAGGGGAGACAGAUCAAAGACAACAGGGCGUUGUUGUGCAAGUACGGGUCGGCGUCGAGAUUAUUCAGGAUGGCAGAUGUCUCCAAUGGUGCUAUCGAGGAUACCGAAUUCCAAAGGUUUUCUCUGACGAAUCAGGCCGAUGGAGUCAAGCCUCCAAAGAGAAGUAUCUUGAAGAAAAAGCACGAGGAUAUCAAGGCGCUGAGAGACCGUCCCAUGACCAACUCUGAAAUUGACCGCCGUGUUGCCUCUCGCCGAGCUCAAGACUCAUCCUUUGCCCGUGCCUCCACCCUCAAGAUCCACCAGCUCAUGAACACCCGAGACCUCGCUGUUCGCAGAAAUGACCACACCAUGAUCGACAAACUCAACGCCGACAUCAUCGCUCUUGGUGGUGACCCCGUUACGGGCAAACUCCUCGCUGGAGAAGGAGAGCAGCUUGGACAAGAUGAUUAUGACUUGAAGAUCCAAAAGAUCAACGAGAAUAAUAGGAGGAAGACGAAGGAGUCGAUGAUGAGAGCGCAUCAGGCUGCUCAGGCGAGGAAGAAGGCUGAAGAGGCUGUUGUGAAGGCCAAGCUUGCCGCCCAGAAACAAGCUGAAGCCAGCUCAGCAGACAUUGUCGAAAUCCCUCAAGCUCCCCCAGCCUCGGGACAGAAAAAGGGCGAGACGCCUCAGCAGUAUGUGGCGAGGACCGUUCAGCUCGAUUUGGAUCUUGGGGACUUCUAG